AUGCAGUGCCUAUCGAUCAAAAACCUCCGUCCAGUUGCAAAGUUUCUCGGAAUGCGUGUGGACAAGACGGCAAGUGGAAGCUACGCCUUUAACCAAGAGGAGGCCAUCGUCGAGUUGCUGCGAGAGCAUGGAUUAAGCGACGCGAAUACCACGCGUUCGCCAAUUGGAAUAGACGUGUACGAAGUGCAAGAUGCUAACAGCAAACUACUCGACAAUAACAACGCAGGCAAGCACGCGAAGAUCAGGUCGUUCCAGUCUCUAGUCGGCUCGCUACUUUGGAUCACACGAUGCACGCGACUGGACGUGUCGUGCUGCUUUAUGUACUGCAAACGACACGUCCGGUACACGGACGGUCGUGUACUGCAAAGGACACGUCCGGAACACGACAGACGUACCAACCGCGUGUGCACGAAUGGAAUCGCGAAGGAGACGAUCGCAAUGAAGAUCGAGAUGGUGCCAGAGCGCGACGCGGGCGACGCACCGACGCUCGAGUCGUUCAGUGAUGCAGACUUUGCAGCAGACAAACAGGAUCGCAAGUCUAUCACAGGAGGCGUUGUGCGACUCAACGAUAUGGUUGUGAGCUGGUGCGCGAAGAAGCAAGGUGGCGUCACACUCAGCACCAUGGAAGCUGAAUUCUUGGCUGCAUCCGAAGUGGAACGGGAGCUGUUAGGAAUCCGUGAAACGCUGCGUGAGAUUGGCAUGGAACCAGAACCACCAAUGACGAUGCGCAUCGACAAUCAGGCCGCCAUUUGCCGAUCAACGGCGAAGCGACAUCAACUAAAGCGAAACACAUCGACGUCCGAUUGA